AUGAAAUUUUUUCUUUUUCUUCUUUGUUUUCCAUAUAUUCAUUGUGAUUGUCUCGAAUUUAUUAAUAAUCAAUCAAUAAAUGAAUGUUUUAUACAACAAAUUACAAAUCAUGAUAUAGAUAUACAUAAUUAUUAUCCAGAAUGUUUACAAUGUAAAAUUCAAACAUUAAUUCAAUAUGAAAAUUUAAAAUUUGAAGAAAAUAAUCAAUGUUUAACAAUUAUACUACAAUGUAUACAAUUAAUAUUUAAUAAUAAAGAAAUAUUUGAAGAUUUUUUUCAAUAUCAUCAACAAUUUAUAUAUGAUUUAUUUAAUAAAAAUAAUGGUACACAUCAAAAUACAUUACAUAUUAUAAUAAAAGAAAAUACAAUUGAAGAAAUUAAUCGUAAUUAUAUUGAAAAUAUAUUUCAAUUAAAAUAUCAAUCUUAUCGUGCAUUAUUUUUUGAAUUACAUAUUAAAAAUCAAAUUAUUAAAAUAAAUCAAAAUCUUAUUGAUAUAACACGUUUAUCAAUAAAAAUAAUACUUAUAUGUGGAAAUAAAAUAGAACCAUUACAAACUAUUUAUAUGAUACAUAAUCAUAAAAUAACUUUAGAAAGUCAACAAGAUUUAUGUUUACCUAUAUUUAUUCCAUUAAC